AUGAGUGACGAAGACGAACAACCAUUAAAUUCACAUGUCACAUCUCAAAAUGAAGUCGAUAAUCGUCGACGUCUAUCAGAAAUAAAAUCUGAACUUCAAGGAUUAAUGCGUCAAAAAAAAAAAUACGAUGAAGAAAAAUUAAAACAAGAUUCUGAAUUUUUACAAAAUGAAAUCAAUGCUUUACGUACUUCAAUUUCAGAAAUUAAUAAAGAAAUAAAUAAUCAAACGCAAACUAAAAAGAGAUUACAUGUUCAAAUGACAAAUCUUCGAUCACGUUCGAGACUUCGUUAUGCUAAUUUAGCAAUAGCACUUCGAGAUAAACGACGAUAUGAGGCAGAAUUAAAAAAAGAAAAUAAAACAGAAGAAUAUCGUGCAUUAGCACAACGAGAAAUUCGUUCAAUUGAAGCAGCUUUACCUAUUCUUAAAGAAGAAGAUGAAUAUAAAGCACAUCUUAAAACAGCUGAAGAUGCACAACAAGCUGCUACUAUUAAACGAAAGAAAUUAGAAGAAAGUUUAAAUAAAAAUUUACGAAAACAAGCAGAAAUCAAACAAUUAUUAAGUGAAAAUGCUGAAAAAUUACCUCAAAUUGAAACAAUUAUUGAAAGUUUACGUUUUGAACGUGAACAUUUAUUAUCAUCAUCUAAUUCAUCUUCCACAAAUGGAAAAAAAUGUCGUCGUCGUUUACAAUCUAAUCAACAAAAACUAACUGAUUCACCUACAACUGGUGUUCAAACACCUAUUCGAUCAUUUAUAUCUUUCGAAAACGAUUGUUUGAAACAUGAAAAACAGCAGUGCGAAGAUCAAUUAAAUAAAAUCAAUACGUUAAUAAAUUAUUUCCGUCAAAAAUUAUCUGAACAUGAUCUUAAUAAUGAUCAAACAUCUUUAACACCGUCAUCAGAAUUAACAUCACUUCUCUAUCAUCCAUUAACACCACAAGAAGAACAAACUAUACUUUCUUCAUAUAUGGAAGAUCGUGAUUCUGAAAAUACUCUAUUAUUAAAAACAUCUAAUAAUCAACCAACAACUGCUAUUGCUAUGAAAUUACCACGAAGUUUUCUUCCAUUAAAUUUAAAUUCUACAACAACUAAUGAAAUAAUUCAUUCACCAUAUUAUGAUGGAGAUGAAAUUGAAUAUAAAAAAGAAUUAUCAUCUGAUAUUGUUAAUAAAUAUGGUGGACAUCCAAAAAAGAAUAAACAACAAUCAUCAUCAUCAUCAUCAUCAAUUACUGGAAAAAAACAUCGGAAACAUAAAAAGAAUUUUUCAAUAACACAUAUUCCUCAAAUGAUUGCUUUGUAUAAUAAUGUUCGUAGUUCAACUGGUACUUCUGAUACAUUACCAUCAAUGCCAAUGUAUGAAUAUGAUUUAUCUCAUACGAUUCAAUCACUUGAACUUUUAAAACAAAGUCUUGAAUCAUAUUUAAUUGAAUUAAAAUAUCGUUAUCAGAAUAAUUUCAAAUCAUCAAAUGAUGAUGAACAACAAAGUAAAUCUGGAAUUGAAAUUGAUGAUGAUGAUAUUCGUGAUUCAGCUUUGGAUACAUUUUCUGAAACAUCAUCAUUAAUUGAACCAAUGAAUAUAUCUAAACAAUUAACAAAUCCUGAUCCUAACCUAAUGAAUAUUCUUGAAGUACGUUCAUCAACAUCAUCAGAUGAUAAAAAAACUAUUAAUUCAUCAUCAUCAUCACCAUCAUCGAAUCAUAGUGAUUCAAAAAAAGAUAAUCAAGAUUAUUUAAAUUCUACAUUAACAAAAAUUGAAGAAUUAAAUUCUCAUUUUGCACCAUUAUCAAUGGAAAAUAUUCAAAUUGAUCGUCAAAUAUCUGAUGAAGGCUAUCGUUCAGUUCGAAAUGAACAACAACAACAAGUAAUAGAAACAACUUCUAAUCAUAAUUCACCAGUAUUAACUAGAUCAGAAAACUAUGAUUCUACAGAAAAAGUUGAUCAAUGGUUAUCAACAACAUCACCAUUAACUUCAUCUGUGCCUAUGUCAAUAAGUUAUAAUACUAAUUUUCAAUCAACUCAUAUUGAUGAUGAAGGAUAA